UUUUAUUGAUAAUAAAUAAAUACACACUUAUUGCGAAUUAAUAUCAAUGUAAAGCUUUGGUCAGCUGUAUUUAAAACUAGUGCAAUAAUUAGUAACAUAGUUAACUUCGAUGUCUAUCUCAUAAUUCCAAGUUUCAACUUCGUGCAAUCUAGUGUCUACCUUCUUAAAAUAAUUGCUUUGACUUCGUACUCAAUAACUUUUUAUUUUAGGACGUGUAAAUAGAAAUUAUAGUGUAAUGCGUAUUUAUAAUAAGAAAACGUAGCCGAUUUAAAAUUCUAUCGGACCUGAAUACAGUAUUGAUCUAAUGACUUGACCUGCGCCGCGUCGUAUUACAAUGACGUCGUUCGCAAACAUGAGCCAGUCGCUGGCGGCGAGUCUGCCAGCCACCUCCAGCUCAUCAGGGUCUAACCACAACAGCACCGAGCAAGAGGACCCGCUUGCCAUGUCUAAUAUCAUAUGCAGCCUCCUCGAGAACAUGAACAAACCCUCGAGUCUACAACAGAGCGCUGCGUCCAACCCCACAGUGCCCUACGACAUCUGGGCGCUCCCCUCCUGCAGUACCCUGCAGAACCCAAACAUUGGAAACUCUAGUCGUGAGUAUGCAUCUACGUCAAAUAACAACAAUCAAAGUCAUGUCAAAGAAGACACUUCUAGCGGCUCGCUCGGCACUUCAUCUUCCGUCUCUAUCACCUGCUUCCGGUGCGAAGAGCGCACACCGACAACCCGCUGUCUGGAAUGCAAUGAUCUGUACUGUCACGACUGCUGCCAUAAGGUGACUUCGGACUGCCAACUACGUGAGCACACCUUAUUACCUAUUCAUCAAAUAUCGCCUAUUGGGGCGAGACCAAACUCUGUUACCAACGAUAAAGAAGUGAUGUACUGCGAGCUCCAUUGCGACCCCGUAAGGUAUUAUUGUGAAGCUUGCAUUAUCUUUAUUUGUCAAGAAUGCACUUUAUGGGUGCACAAAGAUCACUGCUAUUCUCCCAUAAAAGGUGCGCUUGACAUGUGUCGUAUUGGAGUAUUUAGAGCUAUAGAAGACACAAAAACUGGCACAAAAGCGAUAAAAACUGCUAUCGAUCGUGCUGUGGCCAUGUCAAAGGCUUAUGAAAAGGAAACGGCGGAAGCGAAUAUGAAAAUCAGAAAAGCUAUGCGGUGUUUCGCGCAGGCUAUUGAGGAUCGAGAGAAGUAUCUUCUGGAUAAGGUUGAGAAAAUGCGUCAAGCGAAGAUGAAUGAACUGACUGAUCACAUGAACACCUUACGUGGUAUAUUAGCUGGUCUUGCGCAUACCAAUGAAACAUUAGUUCGCAGUAUGGAUUCAGAAGGCAUCGAGCUAUUUAUGGCGAAGGAAAAAGGGAGAGCUCAAGUGGAUUAUUUCUCCUGUAUGUUCAAAAAUAUGUACACAACUGAAGAACGAAUUAUGUUCAUACCACCUAAUUAUGAUCUAGUUGAUCAAAUAAAAAGACAGUGUGAUGUCCAAUCGGCUCUUGUUAACCCUAUCCAUGCCUUAAAUCCUUCAUCAUCAAUACAAUCUCGUCAAUCUUUGCUGCAUUCGCUGCAAUCUGCUCAAUCGUAUCCAUCGCAAACGUACCAAAAUAUGUCUGCUAAUAGCAGCCUCCGAUCGUUGCCAGACUAUACAACGAGUCACACACGAUCUACCAAUUACUAUGACCACAGCAUUUCAUCCAGUAUCGCUAUGGAUUCAAGCGCGGCACGAGGAACAGGACAGGCAAUACCUGGAUAUUGGAAUUCUGUGUCAGUGAAGCCGACCAGGAGCCCAGUUCCCGGCGUCCCAAUGUUUUCGUUUGGCAGAGAAGGCCAAGAAGAAGGCCAGGUAUCCAGACCUUGGGGGUUGUGUGUUGAUAGAGAGGGCAACAUAAUUGUAGCGGAUAGAAGAAACAACCGCAUUCAAAUAUUCAACAAUCGUGGAGAAUUCAGAACAAUGUUCGGUUCGAAGGGAACCGGACCUGGCGAGUUCGAUUUACCAGCUGGUAUAACUACGGACACUUACGGACGUAUUAUUGUUAUAGAUAAGGAUAACCAUAGAGUACAGAUUUUUACUUCUUCGGGUAAUUUUAUCUUAAAAUUUGGAUCGUUCGGUAAGGAAUGUGGACAGUUCCAGUAUCCUUGGGACGUUGCUGUAAAUACGCUUGGUAGUAUAGUUGUAACAGAUACUCGUAAUCAUCGCAUACAAUUGUUCACUAGUGACGGUACUUAUAUAACUAAGUUUGUGUUCGAAGGAGCUAAUCCCGCUAAGCUAUUGAAAGGUCCGACGACUCCUCGCGGAGUGUGCUUUACCACUUCGGGUAACAUAAUCGUAUCCGAUUUUGAGAACCAUCGUUUGCUGAUGGUGGACCCCACGCUGUCCAAAGUGUUACACUGCGUGGGGCGCGAGGGUUCAGGCAUCGGCGAGCUUAACCGCCCCUCGGGCAUAGUGACGGACGAUGGUGGCCUCAUAAUCGUGGCUGAUUCAAAGAAUCACCGCGUUCUGGUAUUCACGUCAGAGCUCCGGAUACUGUGGGCCGUAGACCUCAAGAGCCCCGGGCUCGACGACAAGGACAGGCCGAGUGACGUCGCCCUCACUCCGGAGGGCUACCUGGUCGUACUGUUCGAAACGUUGCCGGACACCGCGCGCGAUAUUUCCUCCCACGGCAAGCAAUACAUCAAGGUAUACUGACUGACUAGAUACGUAAAGGUAUAACUACGUUGUGGACCCUAGGUCUCUUUAUAUGAUUAUGUUUUUGUUUGUUUGUGUUGUGAUUGAUUUCAUAAUGUGCCAAUUUUUAUUAUAUUUGAGAAAUCCCAAUCGAGCAUAGCUUGUGCCGGAGAAUUGAUAUUUGUUUACAAAAUAUAUUGCACAAAUCAAAUUCUCCAUUAACCAUAGAACUUCGUUACCAUAUUAUUUUCUUUUCCGUAUAAUGAACUAGUCUUUAAGGGCCAAACGUUAGCAAUGUGCAUUGUGCACAUAAUUUGUUUUGUCACACAGCAAUUUCCGCUAAUCAUAUCGACGAAAUGAAAUAACCUAUAAAAUAGUCGCAUUUUUGUAAAGAUGAAAUACUCGUGCGAUCCAUGUAAUAAUAAAUUAAAAUCAAUCGUCAAAAUAGCUAUUUUAUUAUGAUAGAAGAUCACAUUGUGAUUUAAAAGAUGUUUUUUAUGUGAGAUAAUUUAAAUUAGCUUAAAAAGUUUUCUUUUUUUCAAUAUGUUACUUUUGCGUUCUUUUUCUUGUUUAAUGAAAUAUUGGGGACGUUAUGAUUUAGGUCUUUGCAAGUUGUUUUGCGUAUUAUUAUAAAUAAUGAUUGUGUUUUUAUUAGUUCCGUGGAAUGAGGCUUUAUAAUUUAGCCCAUAUUAUAUUUAGUUUAUACAUAUCUUUGACUGCUUCGUUUAGACUUUUUUUUUAUUUAAUACUUGGUUUUGGUGGGGAUAAGACAACUGAGCUAAGGAAUUAAUGCAAUAAACUUUGAGACUGACUUUAGAAGACUGUCUUAAAGAUGAGGGGAGGAAAGGGCACGUUGCGGUGCGGCAGUAGUAGCAAGGGUAGGCGAGGAGGGAUUAUGAGGGCAAGGUGGGAGAAUCGUACGGUCGUUUAAUGAAAUUUUAGAUAUUAAAUUUAUUUUUUUGCUAUCUUGCAUUAUAAUUGGAUUCGCGCAACUUAAUGUGUUUUGUUUGCAUUCGUAUUAUUUUUAUUCGUAUUUAAUUACUAUUGGUACGUGCGACUGGUUUAAUUUAAUUUCAAAGGACUGAAUUAGUUAACUUAAUUUGCGGUGUUUUUAAAAAAAGAACUCUUUUUGUAUUUUUUAUGUGGCUAAAUUAAAUUUAUUUUUUUUAAAUAUUAUCGCGUUAGUCCCGAUUAAAUUAGUUGAUGAUAUUAGUUAAUUCAAUAGAUAUAUGUAUAUGUAGAUAUUUAUAAUAUUAUCUAUAAUUAAUUUGUAGUCGCGUUUCGUUUAGAUAAAAUAUUUUAGCGAAAUUCAUCCUUGAACUAAUAUGGAUUAUAGUUAUAUUUUAAAACUUCCUAAGUAUCGAAUGUAUUCGAUUUAUGAUGUGUUCAUUCUGUAUGUGUUCACUAUGUAUGUAGGUAUAGUAUAGAUUCAUCGUUUAAUCAAUGUCUAGUAAAUGCGUGCCGUAGUUGCGUGAAGUAAUCGCUUCCAAACUAUAGUAUUUUGUAGACCAACGCACGGAUUUUGUACGGUGUCUCUAAACGCGCUGAAAUCAAAAGUAGGGUCUCAUUAGAGGAAGGGGCGCGGGGGGUGCCCCGGCGUCCAAUCAGUUACUAGUACUUUAGCGCGCAGUGCAGUUGUCUGUUGUACGCGAAUCGUUUCCGUUCACAGCGCAAUAUCCGUGCCGAGGCCUACAAUAUGUUAACUCGUGCAUAAUAAUAUUAUCUCACUGGUUUGCCUUUUCAGCACAGAAAGUUAGCUCUUAAUAAAUCCUAUUAAAUAUAAUCGUCCUAAUGUUAUUCGCCUUCGAAUCAUGUAUCAAAAAUACCAAAGCUAAUAAAUAAUAUACAGUGCUAUCAAACAGUAUGUACCGCUUCUAGUGUUAAAUUAAUUGUCAAGUUAGUUAUAUAACAGUGACUAGGAUAAAUACCCUCCCGUAAUAUUAGUUAUGUUAAAUUUAAUGUGUUAGUGUAGAAUUUUUCACGUUUAUACUUAGAAUUAAAAGUAGUUUUAAGGCGUGACUUCUAACAAAAAAAAUUAGCUUAAAAUUAUUGACAUAAAGUUCUAUUUGCAGUAGGUAUCAUUGAUUGUAAAAUUGAUGUUUGAAGUCAAAUAGGAAUGGUAACAGAUCACUUGUACUAAUGUUGUUUUUGCUUUAUUUCUCUGUUUUGAUCUCGUUUUCGUCUGACAUGCGUUCACAGUUGGCCUUUCACACGCGAAGAACUUACUCCUUUGUUUUAACAAAUUACUCUCCCAUUAACAAACGCGACAAAUAAAGUUAAGAAUGAUUUCUUAAUCAUCAUAAUUUUUACACUCUAUGACGAAAUAUUUUGACGUUUGCUGUCGGAUGGUUGAGUCGUGUGUUCGCCAGCGCCAUCUUGAAUUGGAAUCUAGCAAAAACAAUGUAUAUUAUAGAAUUUAGUGGCCAUGUAGCAGAGUGAGUCUUCAAUUACGGUCAAUUAAGAAUUCCGCAUGAAUCAUAGACUAAUUUUUAUUUCAUAUCAUAAUAACAAUUAUUAAUAUUACUUAAUUUUGUUUUUUUCAGUGCCAUUAUUAAAAGUAUUAUGUUAUUUUUAAAAUAAUAUUUUGCAUGAAAUGCAUUUUUUUAUAUUAUUGGAGAAUUUUACAAAAUUAUGGAACUCGGGACGUUAGUUAUUUUUGUACUAUGUGGAAUCUCGGUAUUUUGGACGGUGUUUUACAUUCUUGCAUAACACAAAGUGGAAUUGCAAAGCGAAUUCUUAAUAAUAUUUUGCUAGUGUAUUCAAGCGAUUGAUUCAGAUUUUUACAGUGUCAGAUUUUUAUCACGACGGUCUGACAACCAGACAGAAUUUGUUUAAAUAAUUAUUAUUUUGAUAACUAAUGGAGUUCUUCUGUCGAGUUAUUUUUCGGCUUAUUAAACUUUGUUAGCCAAGAGUUGAUAAAAACGUUGACAACACCUGAACGCCUCGUACCACGAAACUCGUAGUGCGAUAAUUAAGCGACAGUUGCUCAUAUUAUAUUUUAUCAACUCUCGGUGAACACGACAUAUCUCUUUGUUCUUAUGAACGGCUAACUCUUAAGGUUUUUGUAUAAUUUUGAAUUUUAGUUUAGAUUUAUUUCGUUACACGCUUAACGUGAGUGAUAGUGGAUCGGUGACAGUUGACAUGUCCACGACGAACGGCAUUGUGUGUGAUACGUGCUCUGUUGUCGACCUGUCGCCGAUCUAGUAAUGACCACUUUGUAAAAGUGAACCAAAAUAAAAAAGCAUAAUAUUGUUUAUGAUGUAAUCGCCCAAUCGAGAGAUUUGAUCGAAUGUGAGGACCUGCUAGCUACUAGCAGUAUAAUUGUGGUUUUGUGAUAAUUACAAUGAAAUUGGGACAUAGAAGCUUGAUUUUUUAAGACAGGUUCAUAAUUUUGUGCUGCUCUACUAACCAAUUUGUGUUUUUGAUAUUUACCUAUAGAACUAACUGUAAGAACCAACAUUUAACGUAAGACGUAUUCUCGUUUGUACUCAGAUUAGUUUCUAACAAGUAUCGCAAGAUGGAGCUUUUUUGUUCGUUAUUCAAAAGCGUUAUAAAACCGCGAGCGUACUGAGAGCAGCACUCAAUAAUGAAUCAAGGGGCCAUAUUUUGAUAAGGACACCGUGGCGACGCAGCCACUCGUGCCAGCGUGGUGUCCGUAAGCUAUCAAAUUAGACACUAGUUUGGUAGCCUACGGACAGCACACCAUACAAACACCAGAGUCGGGACACCACACUGAGACGGUAUCGAAAUGUAAAUUGAUGCUUUGAAUUUCGUUAAUAAACCUUUCUAAAUUAUCCAUCGUUUGCAAUUAACAAACGAAAUUUAAAAAAAUCACAAUAAAGUUGCAUGCAAUGAGGUGGCAUCACUGGCGGCCGGACUGGCGGCCAAGUGAGUGAGACACCAUACAGCUCUAGUAAUUAGUGGAGGCACGAUCAGCGUGGCGUCGCGACCAUUAACAUUAUGUGCACGCGUCCGAGCUGGUUGCGCAACUAAUCGGACGCCAGUAUAUAUUUUUUUGAUAGCGGCGAUUGGCUGCGCCGCCAUGAUGUCCCGGUGAAAUAUUGCCCAAAUUGUGUUUGAAAUGCCGAUCGAACGAACACAUAAAUUAUACCCAUGAGGCAGAUCUGUGUAGAGUCGAGACGCAAUACGAUGACUGCUUGUAAGAAUGUAGUGAGUCACAUUGAGAGAGAGAUACGUUAUAAUUGUGGUAUUUUUAAUGUUAACUUUAGCAGCUUGACAUGUGUUAGUCUUAGAUUUAAUCAGACAUUCGUCUCCUCUUGUUUAUUCUAGUGUAAUCAUCUAUUUUAAACCAUAAUAUCGAUUAUAGUCACGCAUUUGUAACCGUAGCUGGUUAAAAUAUAUUUCACAUAUAAUCUUGCAUUCGUAAAUGAGUAGAUGGAGUGUUUGCGAUGUAUGAAAUUGUAAUAGGACAUAGCUAAUUAUAAAGGGGAGAUGAAUGUGGACGUGUUUCUAUGUAUGUGUAUUAAUUAGGCGUAGAUAUUUUUAUACUUGUUCCUCGGUCAAGGUCAUUGCGACUGGCCGUUGGGGAAGUGCGGGUGUUCUAGUCGUUUCUGAUGUCAAAUUAUAGUUAGAUAUAUCUUGCCAUAUUGAUUCUAGUGUUCGUGUAAUUAUUGGAGUCCGUGUGGCGUGGCCAAUUUGAUUUGGCUGCGAGGAAAUUUUUUAGCAUUAAUUCGGUUUUUUAUUUGAUUCGAUUUCCUCUUUGUUUCUGGUGUUGGUGGAAAGUUGAACAAUAUACCGCACAUAUUGUUAAAAUCAUAGUCAAAAUCUAAUGUAUUUUAAUUAAUAAGUUCGCUUAGAUUAUAGAAACUAUAUUUAGUUUUUGCAUGCAAGUAAGUGACACUGUAAACAGUAGCUUUCUUAUUAAUAAACGCAUUGUGAAGUUACUCCCAAGUUCAAAAUUACUUCUCUCUGUCAUGUAAUUCUGUAGUGACAAAGGUCAGUUAAAGCAAAAAAGUUUUCAAUUUGGAAUAACUUUACUUCGCGUUUAUUAAUAACAUAGUAGUAGUUUUAGAUAUGAGACAACAACAUUACAUAACUUCAGAUAAAUCACGCAUGAAUUUACUAUUUAGUUUAGUACAGCGUACAGCUAUGGAGUCGUACAGGCCAGAGAGUCGAGAUUGAGAAUGUAAACAAUAAUCCAGGAAGGUGUGCCAAUAUCUAUAAUAGAUAAAAUUACAAUACCGAUUAUCAAUUAUGAUUAAGUAUUAUUGUUUUCGAGUGAAAUACACCUACGAGCAUUAUUAUGAUUAUUGUAAAUGUAUAAGUCGUACUGAUGAACUAAAUGUUAAAGACGGCUCGAUCUCGGAUAUGUCAGGAGUCAGUCGACCACAAAUAGAGGGCGCUUCUGGCGUUCUGACGUGUCAUUAUUUAAUAAAUAACAAAAUAACUGCACAACAAGCAAUAGAAUAGUUUUGAGUUUAAUGAUUUUAUAAUAAAUCAUUACUACGUUUUUUGGCACUUGGAAGCUUCUGUUUCGGUAUACUUGAAAAAAAAACUUCAAAUUUAAAUUUAUAUAUAUCUAUAUGUCUAUAUCUAUAUGGCUAUAUUUCACUGGGGCACCACGGUGGCGCGACUGGUUACUCCACCGUGGUGUCCGUAAGCUACCAAAAUAGACACCACACAGACACCAGAGUCAUGACGAGUCCGAGCUAGUCGCGCCGCCAAAUUGGUUGCGCGACCAAACGGACACCAGCUGAGUAACUCUAUACAGCUGUAUACAUUUUGUUGGUAGCGGCGACCUGUUGCGCCACUGUGGUAUCCCCACGGACCUGUAUAAAUACCACUGGACAGGCUGUUUCACAGCAAAUUUUUUGAAGCGACACUCGCGAGCGUCCUAAGGACUAAUGUACACGUAAUACUUGUAGUAUUUUUGCAUUUUGAAUUAAUUUUGUUCGUUCUCCGUGUUAUUCAUACUUCAAGAAUAAAGUACAUAAUUUUUUUUUGCAAAUAAUUUCCCGCCAUCUAUCGAUGUUUGCUGAGGUUGACAUCACUAGUUUUAGCGCUACAUGGCCAACAGCGCCAAAAUGGCGAAUAUCAAACGGGCUCAAAAGCACUUUGACAGCCGCCUGUCCAGUGGUAUAUAGUAGAGAUCAGUGGGUGUCCCGGUGAAAUAUAACUCUAAAAGUCUGUUUAUAUUCAUUAUCUCUUCUCGCUGGCAUGAUGAACAAGACUCGUAGUCACAUAAUAACCCACCAGCACAACGCCCUUAAAUUGAUUGUAUGAUUUUGUAUGUACUGCACCACCAUUGUCAGAUUUAUAAAUAAUUAGUGAAAUUGUAGUUGCUUAGGACCGGAAACGACUUGCCCGUAUAGAUAAUGUUAGAUACCGUACCUACCUCACUUGCAAAAGCAUAAAGACUGACUGAUAAGGAUUAACUAACGCGCGGUGGUCAAAUCACCAGAGCAUUAGAGAGUCUGUUGUCUAGAGUAAAGUGGAUACUUGCACUCUUUUAAUGAUUUGAUUCACUUUAAAUUAAGCGUCCAAUGUAAUCGAAACUUAAUUUUUUGUUCCAACAUCGCAUAACGAGACGGCAACAGUCUUUUUUUUAUAUAAUUGUGUAUAUUACGUUACUCUCCUGUAAUAUUGUUGAAAGAAGACUGAUAUUUUAUAAAUGUUCCUAUAUUUUAAUUUAGAAUAAUUUACUGCCUACCAUAUUAAUUCACUUUAUUUUUAACCCUUCGGUAAAGAUCAUUAAUUCAAGUCUUGUAAUCUUAUCAAAUGUGCAUGACGCUAUAUUAUGUCGUGGAUUUUUUGAAAGUUUUAAUGCAAUUUUGUAUGAAAAUUAAUCAAGUGAUUGAAAAAAUAAU